AUGCCUCACAUCGACAACGACGUCAAACUGGAUUUCAAGGAUGUCCUGUUGAGGCCCAAACGCAGUACCCUUAAGUCUCGAAGUGAGGUGGAUCUCACAAGAUCAUUUGCAUUUCGGAACUCAAAGCAGAUGUACACUGGGAUCCCCAUUAUUGCUGCCAAUAUGGAUACUGUGGGCACCUUUGAGAUGGCCAAGGUCCUCUGUAAGUUCUCCCUCUUCACUGCUGUCCAUAAACACUACAGCCUCGAGCAGUGGAAAGAGUUUGCUAGCCAGAAUCCUGACUGUCUUGAGCAUCUGGCUGCCAGCUCAGGCACAGGCUCUUCGGACUUUGAGCAGCUGGAGCGGAUCCUGAACGCUGUUCCCCAGGUGAAGUAUGUGUGCCUGGACGUGGCCAAUGGCUACUCUGAACACUUUGUUGAAUUUGUGAAGGAUGUGCGGAAACGCUUCCCUGAACACACCAUCAUGGCAGGGAAUGUGGUAACAGGAGAAAUGGUGGAAGAGCUGAUCCUCUCUGGGGCUGACAUCAUCAAAGUGGGAAUUGGACCAGGCUCUGUGUGCACCACCCGGAAGAAGACUGGAGUGGGGUAUCCACAGCUAAGUGCAGUUAUGGAGUGUGCAGAUGCUGCUCAUGGCCUCAAAGGCCACAUCAUUUCAGAUGGAGGCUGCAGCUGUCCUGGGGAUGUGGCCAAGGCUUUCGGGGCAGGGGCUGACUUCGUGAUGCUGGGCGGCAUGCUGGCUGGGCACAGUGAGUCAGGUGGUGAGCUCAUCGAGAGGAAUGGCAGGAAGUACAAGCUCUUCUACGGCAUGAGCUCCGAAAUGGCCAUGAAGAAGUAUGCUGGGGGUGUGGCUGAGUACAGGGCCUCAGAGGGAAAGACAGUGGAGGUGCCCUUUAAAGGGGACGUGGAACAUACCAUCCGAGACAUCCUUGGAGGCAUCCGCUCCACCUGCACUUAUGUGGGAGCAGCUAAGCUGAAGGAGCUGAGCCGGAGAACUACCUUCAUCCGUGUCACCCAGCAGGUGAAUCCGAUCUUCAGUGAUGAGAGCUAG